UAUCCCGGCUCCACGGAGUGCCACGAGCUCGACAGCGCCUCCUGUGGAGCAAGAAGCUCAGACAGCGGGCCGCUCCUCGUGACUUCCUGAGCGCUUGUGAGCGCGCCUGCUGUCAGCGGGAACGAGCAGGGCAGAAAGUGGGAGGGUUUGCGCGCGGCCGUUGUGUUCGGAUUGACUGCGCGCCCCCUCCCGGUGUAGCCGUUAGCUCGGUGUCCGGUCGAUGUUUUAGCGGCGGAGCGUGGACUGGAAGUGGGAUGAUAGUGUUGUAAACGUCGAGUCAGGCUUCAGCGACCGAGAGAGGACCAGCAGCCGCUCCGCCCCCGGGACAGAACAGGUGUGAGGCUGAGUGAGCGAGCGAGCCCGUGAGAGAAGCACAGAGAGAGAGAGAGAGAGAUCAUGGAUCACCAGAGACAGAGGAGUCUGUCCACAUCAGGAGAAUCGCUCUACGCCGUGCUCGGGGUCGACAAGAACGCCACCACAGAGGACAUCAAGAAAUGCUACAGGAAGCUGGCGCUGAAGUUUCACCCAGACAAAAACCCGGACAACCCCGAAGCAGCAGACAAGUUUAAGGAAAUCAAUAACGCCCACUCCAUCCUGGUGGACGCCACCAAGAAGAACAUCUACGACAAAUACGGCUCCCUGGGGCUGUACGUGGCCGAGCAGUUCGGAGAGGAGAACGUCAACACCUACUUUGUUCUGUCCAGCUGGUGGGCCAAGGCCCUGUUUGUCUUCUGCUGCCUGGCCACCGGCUGUUACUUCUGCUGCUGCCUGUGCUGCUGCUGUAACUGCUGUUGCGGCAAAUUCAAACCUCACCCGCCAAUGGACCAGGACCCCGAGUUCUACGUCUCCCCGGAGGACCUGGAGGCCCAGAUGACGGCUGAGGAGAGAGAUGGCGGCGACCCCAUCGUGAUGCAGCCAUCUUCAGCCACAGAAACCACUCAGCUCACCUCUGAUGCCCACCAAAGCUACAAGACCGAUGCAUACUAAACACACACACACACACACACACACUCUCUCUCUCUCCUGGAAAUCCCACUCAGCUUCUGUCACAAUGAGCUCAGCCCAGAUUUUCCCUUUUUCACGUUUCCAUGUUUGAAUUUCUGAGGUGAAACGAGGAAGAGGAGGGAGGAAACCUCGAGGAGGAAGAGAAAAAAACACUUGCAGUAACGCUCUGGUUUGGUUAAUGUUCAGAUGAAAGUAUAGACAGGAAGUGACACGCUGACUCUCUCAGCUGGGCGCCAGCGAGGCAGCUUCUUCUCAGCUCUGAGGUUUCAUCAGGUAACCAACAGGUGAACAAGGUCAGGUCACUUUUAACCGUCCAAUCACUGGACGGAAGGCGGGACAAAUGCUAAACCAACCCACCGCCACGGCCUGCUCGUCUAACAGUUUUCACUUCCUCACCGGUGAGAGUCGUUACUAACAAAGUAACUACACAUACUGCAUUACUUCUAGGAAAAGUAACAAGUAUGUUGUAACUAGACUGUUUGUUACAUUACUUUCUCAUUACUCUGCAAAAUGACCUGAAACUCAUCGUCUCACAAUCUACGGUGGCCCUGAGAGGUCAAACAUACUGCAACUCAAUGACAAGCUAACAGUACAUGGCUAAUAGCAAACAUGUUAUUACAGGAAUCAUGUGAUUAAAACACACAUUAGCAGCAUCUCCCUCACACUGCAGGUGAAUGCUUUUUAUUCAGCACGUGCCAGUGCGACACGUUCAUGUCUCCAUCAUGUUAAUGUCUCCAUCAUGUCUCCAUCACGCCUCCAUCACGUUAAUGUCUCCUCAAAAACCCAGUUUUUGCGCCGUUUCUGUUUGCUGGUGUUUUGAGUUGCCGUGGAUUUGUCCCUUCAGAGUCGGCGUAUUAACAAUAUAAACCUGAGCCUACAGUCGCGCACACACGAGCACUGAGAUGAAAACCAGCCCAAAGCCGCGGUGAUAAAACAUGAGACACCAACGGCUCUGGCUGCCGGGCUGGAGUCUGCAUACACUCGGCUUUAACAUCACUCGGGAUUCUUUGUUUGUGCAGAUGUUAGCAGCAUAAUGCAGAUGUUUCUGUCAGUCUGCACUUCCCCAGCACACGCCUGGUAAUUCUGACCACUCCGCCAUUUUCCUCCAUCAGCUGAUUGCCAUGAGAAUAAAAACUUUGCUUAGUUUUUAAUUUUUUCUGCCUGCCGUGCUGAUCACUGAAGAACUUUUGUAAUGCGAGUAACAGCGUACUAGUAACUGUAAUGUGAUUACAGUAACGUGUUGCACAAACACUGAGCAACCACAGCGUCCCCAUGAAAACAGAGAUCAGGGGAGAGCACGCCAUCAAACAAGGAGUCACGUUUCCGUCAGAGAGCGCCGAGCACGCAGUUACCAAAUUGGUAAAUCCAAUGAUGAAUCGUCACGGACAGCACACACAGCGGGAUGGCUCUCUUCCACUCAGUUACUUUUUAGUCUAAGAGUAAUCAGACUACUGUAGUUCUCAGCAGUAAUUAAGCUCCAGUUUCCUCCUCCGAGCUUCGUCCCUCCUCCUCCUCCUCCCUUCAUGUUUAUGGUCUUCCACAGGUGAAGGAUUGAGGCGCUGUGUGUCUGCGUGCACACUGAUCGAGCCCCGUGUUUGUUGUAGUUUAGUGUGCGGAGGUAGCGAUGCUGUACAUGUGGUGUAAGUUUAGACCUCACCGUUCUUCCCUCUGUCUCUAGGUUUGCUUUUCCUUCUUUUUAUUAAUGGUGUUGAUGAAGGGACGCUUUCACAUCCAAAGUCUUAUUAUUGUUCAGACAAGCAGUUUUCUAGCAGAACAAUCAGUUUGUACCAAUCACACAAGUUUUAUUUUGUAGGCUUUUACUUGUCACAGAAGUUUCCUGUUAGUUCGUGUCUGUAGAUUGAUUUUUGUAAAAACAAAAAACAAAGAAAAAAGACGACGUUGAACCAAACGGGCUAAAUUUCUUCACCACAUCUCGAUGCUCGAUCAGACACUCGUUGAUGUCCAUAUGUAUCGAUGCUAGCGGCCGAGUCGACUCCUGACUGGUCUGAGCCAAACUGCAGAUCCGUGAAAAUCAGAGGUUUUAUUUUCCCAAACACGUUUAAGUUGCUGUGUUCCUGUUUUCACAUUGACCCCAUCGCUGGGUUAAAAAGGCUUCUGAAUGAGCUUCGGUGAAACCUGCAGACGCCUCGUUACUUGAUUGGCUGACCAAACCUGGAGUCGGCACAUUUCCAUCAUCGAAUAAUGAAACCGAUGUAUGUAAGAAGAUAGCAGCCACAUGGUGAUAAUAAUGAUGCAUUAUUUAAUUUAUUUUGAUUUUCUGAUCUUUGUAAUGAUUGAUGAACUAGCCGCUGUGAGGAGGAUGUAGACAUCUUUAGAUGUGAACCGUUCUGAUGGCGAGGUGACAAAUGGCAGACGUGCUGUACUUACACACAGAGACGUAGAGGUUUGUGUUUGUAGCGUGGACGUUUGCCUGAAACGACUAUCUGAUGUACUGUUGUAAAAUAAAUGUUUCUGAUGCUUCGGA